AUGCCUUAUUUAAAAUACGUGGCAAUUUCUUUCAUGCUUAUUCCCUUUGUGACAUCCCUACAAUGUGACAUUGUUCUUAGUGAAUCAACAGAAGGAAGGAAGAAGAUAGCCAAUUGUCAAAAUAUUGGACUAACACAAGUUCCGUCCUUUCUUCCAAAUGACAUAAAUAUACUGGAUCUUAGCGAGAACAAUAUUAAAAAUCUCAGUAAUUAUGAUUUUGAACGGUACGGAAUAUUGGAAAAAUUGAUGCUAAAGAAAAACAUACUUCAGCGAAUCGAAGAUAAGAGUUUCGUUGGAUUAAAUCGAUUGCAGAUUUUGGAUAUGUCAGAAAACAAAUUGAAUUUGAUGCAAAGCUAUACGUCGGAAAUAUUUCUACCGUUGGUAAAUUUAACAAACCUAGAUAUUCGACGUAACAUAAAGCAACCGUCUGAUACCAACUUGUUCCACUAUCCUGAUAACGCUUUUGCUGUUUUAGAUCAGUUGGAUGUUUUUGCAUUGGACAUGGCUCCAAAUCCGAGUUUUGGUAAAGGAUUUAGAAGAUUGACAAAGUUAAAAUCGUUGACUUUUGAACUUUGUUAUUUGAAAUAUCUUAACAAAAGUGUGUUUGAAAACUUUUCUUCGAACAUUAAUGAGUUAAAUCUAACAGGAUGUCGUUUACAUUUAGUUCAUGUAGAAAAUGAUAUUCUUCUUCCCUUUCCAAAGCUGACCAAGUUAAACCUAGAAGCUACUUGUAUGCAUCUAAAGCAGGCAUUAAACAUCUUAUCUCCCUAUGAGGGUAAAAAGUUUACAUUGAUAAAUUUCGGAGGAUUGAGCUGUCCUGUAUUCAGUAAUGAUAUGAAUCCUUUUGCAUUAACAAUCACAAAAGACAUGAUGCAAUACCUAAGAACUAUUUGUGUCGAAUGGUUAUAUUUAUCCGAUAACGGGAUAGUCGAUUUUGAGGAAGAUUCGUUACUGUCUUAUGAUAGACCAGAAUGUUUAGAACAUAUGUACUUCAAAGGAAACCGUUUCGCCUUUUCAAAGGGCAGACAAAUGGAUGAAUUACAAAGUUUUAUUCAAAACUCUACAAACUUAAAAACCUUAGACUAUUCAUAUAUUCCAGUUCGAUAUGAGCCGAGCAAUAACGAUCUGGGUAGAAAUAUUGUCCAUGAGAAACAUCAAAGUAAAUCUUCUGAAGUCAUUAUUUUUCCUCGCUCAUUGAAAACUUUACUUUUAAGUAAUGUGUUAUGUUAUGAUUUUGAAAGACUGUUGUUAAUUCCAGAAGAAAGCAAUUUGACAUACUUGGAUCUUUCAUUUGGUUUUUCGCUUAUAGCCAUUCUGUUUCAAAAGAACUCAUCUCAGAAAAUCGAAACAUUGUUAAUAGAUGGUCAUCCACAUUCUACGUUUAUAGACCAAGAAGAAUUGAUAAAUAACGGGAAAAUCAAAACUUUAAAAUGGAGAGAUGCUAGUUUGUAUAUUCACAUGAACCCUGAAAAUAAGCAUUAUUCCUCGAUGAUACAGCCAGUAUUCAAGAAGUUAAAAUACUUAGAACACCUAGAUAUGUCAAAAAAUUCCCUGUGGUUUUUACCUGAAAAUUUGUUACAAAGUAUGACAUAUCUUUCAGAAUUACGUUUGUCCAAAAACUUAUUUCAGUUAGUUCCUCGGCAAAUUAUGGAUCUUACAAACAUAAAAUUAUUAGAUUUUCGACAAAAUCUUUUAACAACACUAGACAAAAAUACACGAACUUGGGCAGAUGUAAUUAAUCAAAAACAAGGGUUAAAUAUUUUAAUUGUAGAUAAUGCAUUUGAAUGUAAAUGUGACAAUUUGGAUUUUAUUGAAUGGAUAAAUAAAACCAAAGUCAAGCUUGACAGUCGCUCGUAUAAAUGUACGCUUGCUAAUGGUUCAUUGAUAAAUGUACAAGAGGCAUACGAGAAGUGGCAUGAUUUGUUUUCCCAUUGUGAAAGUUCAACAUGGCUAACCGUAGCCUCAACUUUGUUGUCCACGUGUUUCGUAACUGCUUUGUUAUUGUUGAUAUAUGGUAAACGAUGGGAAAUUUCUGUAUUCUUUUACCGAAAAUUCCGAAACAUUGUCAAAAAGAAAUAUUGCAAAAGCUUUAAAUAUGACGUUUUUGUUUCGUAUGGAGACGAUAGUGGACCUUGGAUUAAAAACUAUCUAAUUCCAAAAUUAGAACACGAGUGGAAACUCAAAAUGUGUUUGAAAGAUCGUGACUUUUUACCCGGGUGUUCUUAUUUUGAUGCAGAAGCAGAAAGUAUAGAACAAAGCAGACAUGUUAUUUUUUUGCUUACUCAAUCUUUUAAAUCGUCUGAAGAUUACCUUUUUGCAGUUGAAAGAGUAAAACACGAGAAAAGGAUACGCAAUAUAGAAAACAUUAUCGUUUUAGCAAAGGACAUUGCAUUGAAAGACAUCCCAACAGAACUAACUUAUAUUUGGAACUAUGUAUCAUUCAUUCAGUGGCCAGAUGACACCGAUGAUAUCGAUAUAAUGUGGCAGCAGUUGAGGCUGUGGAUUUGUCAUGAUUUGAUCUAA